ACAAAGAAGCAUACCUGCUUUUGCUCACACUAAAAUGGUGUCAACCUCCGUCGAGGGUUGAUUUUGCUGCUUCACUUUCAAACACAGCUCGGGACUGUCUUUUGGACGCCAUGCAGACUCAGCUCGUCGGCGUCAGUUUGGCGAUCAUCGGAUUUCUCGGCACCAUCCUCAUCUGUGGCCUGCCUAUGUGGAAGGUGACGGCUUUUGUGGGUUCGAACAUUGUCACCUCUCAGAUCUUCUGGGAAGGCCUGUGGAUGAACUGCGUCGUCCAGAGCACGGGGCAGUCUCAGUGCAAGGCCUACGACUCCAUCCUGGCUCUGCCACGAGACCUGCAGGCCGCCAGAGCUCUGAUCUGCAGCUCCAUCGGCGUCAGCGUGGUGGCCAUCGGCCUCAUCGUGGUCGGAGCCCGCUGCACCAACUUCUUUCACUACGACAGGCGGCAGAAAGACAACAUCGGCCUGUCUGGAGGUGUGGUGUUCAUCGUAGCAGGACUGCUGUGCAUCGUACCGGUCAGCUGGACGGCUCACAACAUCAUCACAGGGUUUUUCAGCCCUGGAGCCAUCGAGGAGAGGAGGGGCGAGCUGGGAGCUUCCAUUUAUGUGGGCUGGGCGUCCGGUGCUCUCCUUGUCCUUGGAGGAGGAAUACUGUGUAGCACUUUUGGAUGCUGAGGACACGGAGGACAGAAAGAGACAUUCAUCCAACAGUGACUGUCUGUGUUGACUGUGACUGGCUUCAUCUGCCUGAGAUGGAUUUUUUUUUCUCCUUUACAAUUGCACUAGAGUCAUUUAGUAUGUUCAGAUUCUUUUAAGAAAAACAUCAGAAUUGAUGUAUUUUAGCUUGCGCAGUACAUUGUUGGUACAAACAAAAGACCAAAGCAGCUUUUUUAACCACAAUCUGUAAUAUUCAUGCUGUUAUGCCUGUGUAUAAAUAGAUUUUGUUGUUUUGUUUUUCGAACUUUGAGCUACUUUUACUUUCAGUAAUUGCACUCACAAUGUCUGACAUGAAAUGAAAAGCAAAAUUGUAAACAUAAGGACAAUCUUGGAUCUGUUUAUUUUCAUAAUUUUUUGAGUUUGUCAUCUAACAACAGUACAUUUAAUUUUUUGGUCAUAUUUAUAUGUUAUCAGUAUGUUUUACUGAUGUGUGCUUCAGCUUUUCACUUUGAUAACAAUUAAAACCUGCAAAUCAAACACUUACUCAACAUAUUUUUUGUGUCAAAGAAAUGGAGAGCAAAGCAAUAUUAUCAUGAACUUUUACUCUUAAAGGCCAGAAAAACCACUUUGGGCUGUUUGAGUACUUUAUUGACAGACAUUAAAAGUUCCCCCUCUCAGAACACAAUUUGCAUUUCCUUGUUGAUCUUUGUGUCAUCUGACUAUUUAAUCUUUAAGGACAACAUAACAACUGUGG